AUGACAAUCCUCAGCAAGACCCUCCUCACUAUCACCAGCCUCGCCACCUCUGUCGGCUGCUUCCUCGCCGACUGGAACGAAACCCACAUCUACAACGACCGCUGGCCCCCACACGCCAAGUUCCACAAUGGGCAGACCAUGUCCAUGGGCGCCCUGCUCGGCCUCAUCACUGCAUUCUACACCUUCCGUCCUGCCCGCUCGCCCGAGCUGCGCAGCCAUGACCUGGAUGUGGUCGCCUGGGUCGGGGCGCUGUACUGGGUGACGCAGCUAUCCGCCUUCUUCUACCCUGGCAGUUUGGCGGUGGACCCGGAGUUUGGGACCGGAGCGCCGCAGCUCUAUGUCUGCGCAGGCGCGUUGUCGCUGUUGGCGGUAGGGGUGUGGUUGGAGAAGGGUGCUUUGGCGCGGAGGGCGAAGAGGGAUUAG